AUGCCGUCUUCAGGACCAAUCCGCCGUGCUAUUGCUCCUGUUUUGCGAACUAUGAGGGACAGAAUUACAGAUGCUAAUGGACUUUUGGAUCAACCAGUGAUCAAUCAGGCAACAACUAAUGGACUUCGCGUGGUCAGAACUCAACUGGAAUCGUCAAUGGAACGUGUGAAUGAACUCAAUACUCGUUGGCUGGAACACAUGGACAACUUGGAAGAAAAUGCUCUACAAGCAGAAGAGGAACUUUAUGACAACUUUCCGCCGCAACCUGAGGCUGAACAGGAUUUGCCGCAUGAACACUUUAUGGACUUACACGAGAGAGCAAGAGGAAUUGUGGAACUAAUCAACCUGACUAUGGAGGGUCACCAGGGCCAGCAGCUGCCCACACAACAAGUGAAUCAACCGAAUGUGAUACAGAACAUGGUGGAAUGCAUUUUCAGUCGCAGUUGA